CUGUGACCAAAAACAGUGCAGCCAUCUUGCACGGCUCAGCGGCAGCGAAUUAACUCUCAAUUCCGGAUCGUUAGCCCGCUGCAAACCGCGAUAUUUCUCCGCCGACAGUUAGUCGGUGCGAUUCUGAGUCGGAACAUAUAGUUGCAUGGCGUAAAGACGCCGGCGGGAGCGUAAACUUUGACGGGAAACAUUUUAGUCUCGGCGACGAUGUUGUUCCAUCUCAUGCAUCCCGUGGACUGACAGCUGAAGCCAUUGGUACCGCCUUUUAGAAUGCGCGACAGCCAAUCACAGCUCGAGAAAGGCCCCCGCACGGAGACGGCCAACUGGUGUGCGCAUGCGCAUGGUUACUGAGUGUGUACACAAGAACAAGCAGUAGAAGUGUCAGAGUCCUGCUGCCUCCCCAUCACAUGCAAGGUUGUUUGUGUGUCUUCUGAACAAGUUGAAGCGCUGGGGGUCUCAUCGUACAUGAUAACAAGGUUCCCAUGGUUCAACCAUGGACGCGUCGACAGCCAGCACGGACUCCGCCACUGGACUCGACCCUGGCAAAAAAGCACUUGUUGACGGCGGCGGUUCAGUUGCUCUCCCUCAUCAUCAGGGGAGAGUAGGCUCACACUCAGUGCAGACUUUCAAUGGGAGCCAAACUAUGAUGAACUCUCACGAUGCAGGAAGCGCUGCUGCCGCCUCUGCUGCUGUCCCUCACGGGGGGACAGUGACAAGCAACAGUGGUAGUCCUGCAGCUGUCGACAGUGGACCAGUGUCUGCUAAUAAAGGGCUGCCCGGUGCGUCCAACAGUGUCAUCCAGACGCCUCUCAUGAACUCAGCUCAGUCUGUGAGCCAGACAGCAGCAGCACCAGCAACAGCCACUGUGACUCUGGUCAGGCCGCCAACUCUGAAUGGGAACAAUAAUGUCAUGGUUGCCCACACAUCAGGACAGUCAGGUGUCGUAAACAACGGCCAGGCGUCCAACAGGUCGCACAUUAUCAAGGCAGAGCCGCCCACAACUAUAAUACAGUCAGCACCGCAGCCGGCUGCUGCAGUCAGCGCUCCCCGGAGUCCGGCGAAUGUGGCUGCCGCCGGUCCGGGAGGUAUCCGAGCUUUAACGCCUCAGAUGUUGGCCCCGAGGCUGCCGCAGACGAACCCGGGUCAGUCCAGCAUACACAACAUCCAGCUGCCCCCCGGGAUGGUGCUUGUACGCAGUGAGAGCGGACAGCUGCUGAUGAUUCCUCAGCAGGCUCUGGCCCAAAUGCAGACUCAGGCUCAGACACAGGGAGGCAUGGCACCUCGGACCACUACGCCCACUAACGUGUCACCUGCUCAGUCUCCUGGAAACAUCAGCAGACAAGUGGCUCCCAGCACCAUCCUCCGACAGAGCUGCCCGGCUCCAACGACACUCCCUGCAACCACCACUCUUCACAGACCUCCUAUUCUUCAGAGCUCAGUUGGGGCUCCAGUACCAGGAAUAACACCCAGGACCGCCAGCCAAACAGCUGGGACCACGGUCACCUCGGUAACAGUGAGCAAAGAGACAAUGGAGAAUGUAAAGAAAUGUAAGAACUUCCUGGCAACAUUGAUAAAGCUGGCUUCCAGUGGGAAGCAGACAACAGAGACUGCGGCCAUUGUGAGAGAGCUGGUCAAGGAGCUGCUGGAGGGCAAAGUGGAAGCUGAGGAAUUCACCAGCAGAUUGUACAAAGAGCUUAAUUCUUCACCCCAACCAUACCUUGUGCCUUUCCUUAAGAGAAGCCUCCCAGCUUUGCGGCAGCUCACUCCAGACUCGGCAGCUUUCAUCCAGCAGAGUCAACACCCCCAGCCGACCCAAACCCCGGUGUCCUCCACCUCACCGACCCUCACACCGACCACAGUAGUCCUAGGCAGCCCUACCCCUCGUCUCACUGCCCCAAUUAACAGACCGCCGCUCCAUCCAGGCAUCAGCAGGCCAGGACAGACCCCCUCAUUGGUUCUCCAGCCUCAGCAGCAGAGAGCAAUGCUGAGACCUCAGGCAACUUUACCGUCAACCCCCAUGGUGACUCUCAGGAAUCAGGCCCCUGGCCGCAUCAUGACGGGGCAGCAGCAAGUCCAGCUUAAAGAGCUGCAACCAGUUCCUGUGAGGCCAGACGUGCCAUCUGUCUCGACACAAGCCGCUGCUGCAGCCUUGACUCAAGCUAACAAGAACAAGCUGAAAGAGGCUGGUGGCACUUUCAAAGAUGACGAUGAUAUCAAUGACGUGGCCUCCAUGGCAGGAGUGAACCUGUCAGAGGAGAGUGCCAAUAUUCUAGCAACCAAUUCUGGACUAGUGGGAGUGGUAACACAUUCCUGUAAGGAUGAGGCUUUCAUAUCCUGUGCCCUGCUGCAAAGGAGAAUGCUGAAUAUAGCAAGGAAGUAUGGUGUGACUGACCUGGGUGUGGACGUGGUGAAUUACGUCUCCCAUGCUACUCAGCAGCGACUCCAGAACCUGCUAGAAAAAGUUUCCCAAGUGGCCCAGCAGAAAAAUAUCCACUUUAAGGAGGACGACAACCACGAUCAGAGCAGUGACGUUCGGGCUCAGCUCAAGUUCUUCGAGCAGCUCGACCAGUUAGAGAAACAGCGGAAGGAGGAGCAGGAGAGAGAGAUUCUCCUGAAGGCAGCUAAGUCUCGAGCUCGGCAGGAGGACCCAGAGCAGCUUCGUCUGAAACAGAAAGCAAAAGAGAUGCAGCAGCAGGAGCUGGCUCAGAUGAGACAGAGGGAGGCCAACCUGACAGCGCUGGCAGCCAUCGGCCCUAGGAAGAAGAGGAGAAUUUUGGACUCUCCAUCCUCUUCUGCAGCUGAGGGAUCGGGAACAGGUCCCCCUUUGUCCGGCGGAGCCGCUUCAUCGGGCUCCAGACCCACACGGCAGCGCAUCACUCGCGUCAAUCUCAGGGACCUGCUCUUCUGUUUGGAGAACGAGAGAUUUACCAGCCGCUCUCAUUUCCUCUACAAGGGCUUUCUCAAAUAGGCUUGAUGUCAGAGAGGGGAGAAGAAGGAGGAGGAGGAGGAGAGGUGAGAGGUAGAAAAUGAAGAGUGUGGAGUGAGAGAGACUUACCGCUCCCACCGAAGAGAGAGUGUAAGAGACUCUUAUAUAUGAAGAGGACAAGAGCCGUGGCAGCAGCAACUUGGCACAUUUUCAGAUAUUCCUGGCUACAUCUGAUGGCCUCUCUACCUCCCUCCUCAAAUAAUUGCCUAUUUUCUUUCAGAGCAGUCGUGAACUGAUGCCCCCUUUAUUUACCCUGUACAAAAAAAAAAGAAAAAGAAUCAUAUUAAGGGUUUUUUUGUAUGAACAAAUGACUUGUAGAAAUAUGCACUGCAACACAGUACAGUUUAUUUUCAGAUUUUUGUAUGUGCAGUAGACUGUAAAGCGAUGAAAAUCAUGUUUUCUUAGACCGCCAACUAAUUUUUAUUAAUGAUUUAAUUGUCAGAUGAAUUAGUUUGAGCUCCAAACUGUAUAACCUACUGAGUUGCCUUCCUAACUAUAAUGAAGCCAUAUAGCCUACCUGAAACAAAGUAACCCUGCUGUAUCUCAUCAGGCUCUCCCUGUCCUCUCCAGUACUUUCUUUAGAGAUAUUUAUUUGCUAAAAACUCAAGCUUAAAUUAAUGUUUAGCUAUUUAUUGAAAUCACCUCAGAUGUUUUUAUGUAGCUUAAAUUCAAGAACACAUUUUGUGAAGUGAAUAGACUUCAGUGGUGCGUGAAAAGAGGUGUGAUCUGUUUUUGUUUUUUAAUCAUGCUUUUAAGAAUCGUUUAACGUGUUUAUUUCUCAAACUUCAACAGGUUGUUGUUUUUCAACCUGUCCUGCUAAACCAAACAUGCAUCUACCUGAGACUGAUUUGUAUUUUUGUAGCUGCCCUCCAACGCACAUUUUUACUCUUUUAAUAGUGGCUGACAUCAUCAUCAUCAUCAUCAUCCUCCAAUCAUUUCCUUACCUGCUUCUAUUUUUCUGUGCUACCGGGUGACCCCUUUAGGUUUUUAGCACCUAUUAAGAAACUUAAGAAACUGGAGUUUCUUCCUGUACAUUUGUAAAUGUUACACCUAAAGUUUUACACACGGUUUUGUAUAGAGUUGAAAAUUUACCCACACAGCGCUAAGAAAACAAAACAUUUUCUCUAUUGAAAGUUUGAAUAAAUAAUGAUUUUA